ACACACUGAAACACAAACUUCCUGUUUCAAGUUGCACGUUUCGACUACAGGUAUACUUAUAAAACCUAAAGUGUGGUUAUAUUUAAUAAUACUUACUAAUAAGUUAAUAUUUUUUCAUACGCUCAAGAAUGGCUGAGACGUCUGAUAAGGUACAAGAGUACAAAGACUCAUUGAAGACGAAGGCAGAGCAGCUGUUACUUAAAGGUUUCCCGGAGAAAAUAGUUAAAUUGAAUGAGAUUUUGGCGACGCCAAACUUCUCAAACCGGGACCUGACUGAAGUGCACCAGGAGCUAAAUGUCGCGAUUCCGGAGCCAAUUGCUCUGAAUCACUCCGAAGAUGGACAUACGAAUAAGCGCAAGCGGGUGGAAAAUGAGGAGGAUAGUACCAACAUCACUGGCACCAAGGUUAUGAUCCUUCCUAAUGGCCCUAUUCCAUGUAAUAAGCCACUCUGUGACAUGAUACGUAUUGUUAAGCCUUAUAUCAUUCAACUUCUUGAGGAUUCCAAUCUGCUGAAAAUGUGGAUAUCAUUCAUGAUCCCUAAAAUAGAAGACGGUAAUAACUUUGGAGUUUCUAUCCAAGAAGAAACACUUGGAGAGAUUCAAUCUGUUGAAAGUGAAGCUGCUGCUUUCUUUGAUCAAAUUUCAAGGUACUUUGUGUCAAGGGGAAAAAUACUGAGUAAAGUGGCAAAGUAUCCCCACAUCCUGGAUUACCGACGAGCUGUGCAGGAGUUUGACGAGAAAGAGUACACGAGUUUGUGGCUGGUGAUGUGCGAGGUACGCAACCGCUAUUGCUCCCUACACGACCUGGUGAUCAAGAACCUGGAAAAAAUAAAACGGCCGCGUUCUUCCAACGCUGAGUCGCUGUAUUAAUAAAUGAUAAAUGAAAAACUAUUUAUUAUUUAAAAAAGUAACUGCGUUCAGUAAUUUACUUGUAGGAAUUACUUAACUAACUUUGUUUAUUCAUUUUUUUGCCGAAAAACCUGUGAAUUAUUUAUUGUAAUUCUCGAUUGAAAUUUUUUUUUUCAAUUUUCAAAUAAAAUUUUUAAAAAAUUU